GCGUUUUCUUUGUCUGACACUCUCAUUCGCCAGACUAUACCUGCGUGUCUAUAAUUUUGACAUUAGGUUAUCGUUUAUCAGCUGAUAAGGCAUUGCGGUGUAUAAGACUAUUUUUUAUAAUUUUAUUGUUUUAAGCCCCUAUUGCAAGAAAAAAUGUAUUUCAAUUCAAGUGAAAAAUAAUCAGAAAACAAAUCUCAAUGGAGGUGAACCCGCUGAGUAUAAUCAUGGUUAAAUCGGACAGCAAAGGCGACCGAUUGCUGUUCCGCUAUCCGUUCAAUGUUCCGCAACAGUUCCAGGCGAGCGUCACUCCGGUGCGUAAGACUCCCUAUUCAAUUAUGAAUAACAGUGAUGAUAUCUUGCAAAACGCCCCUCCUGUUGUGUCCAACAUUUGUUACGAUCAACUAUAUGGAAUAUCGGAUGAUGUUUUGGCCACGCUGUUCGCAGUUAAAUCGGAACUGUGCAAUCAAAAGUUCGAACUGAAGGUUAAUGAUGUGCGCUUUGUGUCCCACCCGACGCUGGUGAAGGUCGAGAGCGAGGAUCAGAAAAACACAGCUUUCUUCCGGAUUAAUGUCGUAUUUGCGCUGCACGCUCAGGCUAGUUAUUCGAUUGUCAAAUGUUACUACGAGUUAAGCAAACGAAUUGGAGUGGGACUGCUGUACGAGGAACGACGGGUUAGUUACCUUUCGAACGAGAUGAAAAUAAUGAUUACCUGUAUAGAUGAGGUUGCAGCGGCAGUUCAAGAGCAUGAAUCUGGGCCUAGUGGCAAUACUAACACUUUCGAAACGAUUUUGAGGGACAGUUCGUUGGCACAAUUUAUAAAAACAAUAUACCAGGAUUUGUGUACUACUGGUUUGCUAAAUGUCACUCUCAAUCAGUCGGUGACGUUAAGUUUUUGUCUGCCGCAAAAGGCGCACCAGUUUCAUAAGAAAGGGGUAAUCGUCGAACCGGAAGCUAUUGACCGGUGUUUACAUGCUUUGAAACCUUAUCAUGGUAUGUUGCUGCUCGUAGAUCCCUCAGAGCUGUUAGACUGCGUGCCCCCGUCUGGUGCUCGAAUGCUCCUCCAGCUCAUAGAAGCUUACAACCCACUGAAAAGUCUCCAGAAUAUGGCAUCCGAUGCCGAUCUGAUGAUCGAUCACGUUUACCAACUGGUGGGUCAUUUGGUGUAUUGGGCAAAGGCCACCAUCAUCUAUCCGCUAUGUGAGACGAACGUGUACGUAAUUGCGCCCGAUGCGCAAUUGAAUAUACAUUCCCACCUGCCUGAUAAGUUUGCGACCAAGUUUCCCGGCAUGUCACUGUUCGAAGUGAUCAGUGACUUUUCGCUGCCAACGUCGAUAGGACACCUGACCACGCCGUUACAGCACCCCGCCCGCCAGGGACGGCUAGCUCAGAUGGUCCUAUGGAUGCUACAGCAUCAUUUGCUGAUGCAGCUGCACACCUACGUACAGUUUAUCGCCUCCUAUGGGGAGGAAGACUGCGAGUCUUUGCCGAUUGCAGAAAUCGCAGAAGAAACCGUAGGAAAUCAGGGGAAGCUUACUAUCUCUCCUCCGAGCACCUCAAGUCAACCGCUGGCGGUUCCAACCCAUCGAAAAAGUUCUCCCUCGGAGGACAUGUUUCCAGAUAGUUUAACGCUUGCUUCGACAACCUCUAAUACACGUCCCUCAUCUGCCAGCCACCGGUCCAACAUUAGCCACUCAAGCGUGGGUCAAACGGCUUCCAGCACUGAUAACGAUGAAAGCAUCGCGUCAAUGGAAGAUGAGGACAAAAUUAAGCGUCUGUUGUCAGUGUUCGAUGAAUGUGAUCGAAAGGCAAUUCUAAAGAUACCCGCCGCAGCGAAUCCAGACGAUCUGGCUCUGAUGGUUCGCCUUUGGCAAGCAGGUUAUUUUAAGGGAGACCAUCACUUGGAAGAAAUUAUGUAUUUUGAAAAUCUGAGACGUUCGCAGCUACUUCAGCUGGUGGACAAAUUCCGUGGUGUGUUAAUCAUCUACGAAACGGAAGAUCCAGCUAUUGCUAGUUUGUACACCAUUUCCCAGUAGGAAUCAUCGCCGUGUGUAAGUAAUAACAAUAAACAAAAUUUUUUGAAAAUAUUGUUGCGAUUCGAAAAAUUUUCCUAUACUUUAAAAUCGGGUACACCCUCGAAGGUACAGCCAGAUCUUUGGAUAAUUUGGCGUGCAGUCCAGAUACCACACUUGAUGCAGGUCGCGUA